UUCUACACACAGCUUUCCUAUUGCCAUUCUCAUUCCUCUGCUGCUUGUCUCCAAAAUGUAUCGAUCUGCAAGGCCUUCAUCCGACGAGUACCUCCUCAACUUGUCGCCUCUAUUGGCUUCGAAUGGUUCUUCUCCUGUGAAAACAGUGGCAGGGUCUGCGUCGGAGCUGCCAGUGGCCUAUUCCCCUGUUCCCGAAGGGAGCAAGAAGGAUCUGCAACAUCACAAGCCGCUAGGUGGGGAAAAUGGUGUUCAUCUCAUCCCAGUCGUUCUCUUCCUCUGUGGUUUGGCUCUCUGGCUUUUCUGCCCCCAUUGACCGAAAAAAAUUCGUCGGCUCGUCUCCUAGAGCAAGCUGCCGUUGGUUUUCUGUUCUUCAGUCUGUGCAUUUAACUGUCGCCACGAGCAAGCAUUGUUACCAUGUCCCAAAGCGUUCAUGGUUUUGGUUUCUGUUUGUUACUUGGAAGUCGUUUACUACACAGUUCAACUAGCUUAGCUUCUUUUGCAGAGUUAUAAAAAAAAUGAAAGAUACAUCUCCAUCCUUCUUUCUUGAUUGCAUCAAUUGUUUCGUGGUGUUCUAUUUCUUUUACAACUACGGCCAUAUCCAUAGACAAAAUCAAAUGCAGAAAUAGAAGAACGUUGCAAGGUCGUUUUUCGCCAUGAGAUGGAUUAGCCCGAUUCGCAGACGAACGAACAAAACGGUUACUUGUCUGUUCCCCAACCGUCACCAUUAACCAUCUUCAACCUCUAGCAACCGUUUCUAUGGAAAGAAGAGUUCCUAAAAGGCUAAAACAGACGUGGCAGGAUGUAAAGGUUUUCCAAGACGACAAACAAUCGGGUGCUGUGGAUGACUCUGUUUUAGGGAAUUAACAGUAUGGAAACAGAACUAGUUGGAAAUGAUGACAAGAAAAUCUGGUUUCUUGCUUGCUUGCUUAUAAGGUAUAAUGCUGUCUUUGGCGAAUACUACAAGGAGAAGAAAAAAAAAGGUUACUUUUAAGUGUGGAAUUGAAAGAAGAAACGCCAUGCCAUUGCCAAAAAAAACAGAGGGAUGAAACAAAGGGAUGCACACGCAAUUUAAUUUUUAUAUGAAAAAUAUUAUUGGAAAAUUACGUUUUGGUACCUGAAGUUUUUCAUUAUGACAUUUUAGUACCUAAACUUUUCAUACUUUACAUAUUGGUCCUUGGUUGAGGAUGUCAUUUGGAUUCAUGGAUAAUUCACCAAUCCACUUGAUCCAAUCCAUGAAUCCACAAAUCCAUUGGAUUCAUGGAUCCACCAAUCCACGGAUCAAUCCAUUUGCCACCUCUACUCUAUAGUCAUAGUAAAAGAUGGGAUGUCAUCUUUAAUCGUCUUGUAACUUGUAAUACUUCCACAUCCUAGUAAGUUUCUGCAUAGUGCACUUUGUGUUCUUUGUUUCUCUAACUCGUUCUCCAAUUUUGCAGCAAUACCAGCUGCCUGUGCUACUCCCUAUCCUAAUCCACUUCGUAUAAUCUACGUUUGUAAUUUUACACACACGUACGUUUGAAUCGCUUGAGAAUUCAUCGAUAUCAUCAUCAUCAUCAUUACCAAGGUCUAGAAAUGAGAAUAAUGAGCAUUUCAUCUUCUCGGCCUCAUGAACAAAUACUUCUAGAACUUGAUUCGAUAUUUUGUCACAACUGCCACACUAUAUAACUCGCCUCGUCUAGUGCUUCCUUUCGAUCUUUAACCUAACUUCUAAGUAUGGGAUCAUCUGAACUUUGUAAGCACUCUUCUUCUUCUUCUUCUUCUUCUUCUUCUUCUUCUUCCUCCUCCUCUUUGUCUUUGAUUGCAACGUGAAAUCCUUCCUUUCCCAUGAGAGGACAACAAAUGGAAGAGCUGGCCGAUAGAUAGAUUCCUCAACUUGGAAGCCUCACCACCACCACCAACAUCAAAACCGGUCCAUCCUAACGUUUUCUAUUUAUUUAUUAAUUGAAUUAAUUAAAUGUAUGAAUUUAAAAAAAAAACCUAUAAAAAAAAAAGAAUCAUUGCCUUCACCACACGUUGUCCUUGCCAAGUCUUUUAUCAUUUCUUUUCUUUUCAAAAUAAAUUACGAUUAAAUGG